AUGUCUGAAGGAAAAGAUCCAGUAAUUACUGAUAUUCUGCGGAAGAUCGAGCGUGAGCGCAACAUUGCGCUGGGAGCUAGCAAUCUGCGUAAAGAAACGUCUAAUGCGCUCGUCAUACAAAAAUGCAACACUUCCAUCAGAGAGGCCCAGAAAAACAUCGAGUAUCUGGAACAAACGUUAAAGAAAUUGCGCUUACAGAAAGUGAACUCGAAUGAUCGCUCUUCGCCCGCUGAUUCGACGCAUUCGCAGUCGGCCGAAAGUGUUUCAUCUGCAGAUGGAAACACGCAUCAUAGCAAGAAACCGAUCCAUAAACCUACGUUCACUGUCCUCGACUUACUGAAGUACGAGUGUCCGUCGCUAGGACAUAGGAUACAGUACAUGCUGCAACAGUUGGAAUUUAAAAUCCAAGUUGAGCAGCAAUAUAAAGAGGCCAACGAGAAGAUAUACAAGCUGUAUCAACUGGAAGGUGACCGGCGGAGUAUUGCAGCAGCUGCCGAUGGCUGUGUCGAAGGCGAGCGAAAGAUCCAGCUGAUGCGCAAAGCACUGAAACAGUAUCAAUCGAUGUACAUUGACAUCGAUGAGGUCGCUCGAGAGAAUGCUGUGAUCAACACGUUCAGAAAAAAUCCUUUGACAGGGACAUUAUCCAUUACAAUUUCCACCGUUCGCAAUGUUGAUCACAUUGCAUCUCCACUUUUCACCAGAAACCCGGACUCCAUUGUUACCAUCAAGAUCGACGACGUUGAACGUGGCCGGACCAAAGGAUCAAGGAACGAUAGGUGGAACGAAACUUUUGAGAUCGACGUCGAAAAAGGAAAUGAGGUUGCACUUACCGUGUACGACAAGUCUGGUGAUCAGCUGGUGCCCGUUGGUCUUGCAUGGCUUCCCUUGUCAGAUAUCGCAGAAGAAAUACGUAGAAAGAAGGUGACUCAGGAACGUGGGGGUGAGUGGAUGAUAGGUUCUGCUUUGCAACAAGGUCCCAGAAGCCAGCUCAGUUCUUCUGCAUCCAAUACGACAAUGGAAAGCAGAAGUGACCUGCCAGGCCUUCCCUCUGCGUCGGCGAACGGAUCCUCGACAGCAUCAGGAAGCGACACAAACGCUGUGACCUCCACCUGCUGGUUUGAGUUGGAACCUACGGGCCAGAUUUUAAUCACCAUUGGGUUUACCAAGGCAAACGAGCACCGCAAAGGAGAACGGUACGCUUUCGGAGGUGGUUUGGGACGUCAUGGUGCCAUCCGUCAAAGAAAAGAGGAAAUAUACGAGCACCAUGGCCACAAGUUCGUCCAAAAGCAGUUCUACAACAUCAUGUGCUGUGCAGUUUGCGGCGAUUUUCUCAGAUACAGUGGAUUCCAAUGUGAAGACUGCAGGUUUUUGUGUCACAAGAAGUGCUACAAGAACGUCAUUAAUAAGUGCAUUUCCAGAACCAGCACAGAUUCUGCACCGGAAGAAACAAAGCUCAACCACAGAAUUCCUCACAGGUUUGAGCAGGUCACAAACAGAGGCACAAAAUGGUGUUGCCAUUGUGGCUAUAUCCUUCCAUGGGGUAGAAAGAAUAUUAGAAAGUGUUCCGAGUGUGGCAUUUUCUGUCAUGCUACUUGUUCGCACCUGGUUCCUGACUUCUGUGGUAUGUCCAUCGAAAAAGCAAGCCAGAUUUUGUCUGCUAUCAAGUCAACACAGGAAAGCAAAACCACGAAGCCUAAACCACCAGUUCCGACCCAUUCUUCUGCUACCAUAACAACAAUAAGUAGCAAAGCUGCUCCAUCCGUUGGGUCAGAGCAAACUAAGGUGGACCACAUCACAACACCGCAACAUGAGUAUCCAAAUACCGCUGUCACAAAGCAAGCGUAUCAGAAACAACUGCAAACUGGUCCAUAUGAGGGUCGUCAGCUUCCAGAACUUCCAUCACAGAAUAAGCCUGUGCCUCCUACUCCUCAGCAGGGCGGCUCACAACCACAGCCCAAGCCAGCUAUUAAACCAGCUCCACAACAAGCUCCACAACAAGCUGUCCCAACUGUCUCUCAGCAAGUCGCGAAACCUGUUGAGAAAAGGUCACCUACUAAGCAGAGUGGUCCAGCUGCUCACCGUUCCAAGCAACGCCGUCAUCGUCACAGAUACGGUUUGGAUGACUUCAACUUUGUGGCUGUUCUUGGAAAGGGUAACUUUGGUAAGGUGAUGCUGGCCGAAAGUGUACACACGCACAAACUUUGCGCUAUUAAGGUGUUGAAAAAGGACUUCAUUAUACAGAACGACGAGGUAGAAAGCACCAAGUCGGAGAAAAGGGUGUUUAUGAUUGCCAACAGAGGGCGGCAUCCAUUCCUCUUGAAUUUACACCAGUGUUUCCAAACUGAAAAUCGUAUCUACUUCGUUAUGGAGUACAUCACAGGAGGAGAUCUGAUGUGGCACGUUCAACAGAAACGCUUCUCUCUGAGAAGAGCACAGUUUUACGCGGCAGAGGUUCUUCUUGCCUUGAAGUUUUUGCACGAAAACGGCGUUAUUUAUCGAGACCUGAAGCUGGACAACAUAAUGUUGAGCGAGUCGGGUCAUAUCAAGCUGGGAGACUAUGGUUUAUGCAAGGAGAAUAUGUGGUAUGGGAACAAAACGUCCACUUUUUGCGGAACACCUGAGUUGAUGGCACCUGAGAUCUUGAAAGAGCAAGGUUACGAUAAAGCCGUUGACUGGUGGGCCUUUGGGGUUUUACUGUACCAGAUGUUGCUCACCAAGUCUCCAUUCAAGGGCGAAGACGAAGACGAGGUGUUCAAUGCUAUUUUGACCGAUGAACCUUUGUACCCUAUCAACAUGGCCAAGGAAGCCGUCGACAUCUUGCAACGUCUGCUGACACGAGACCCUGCGCAGCGUCUUGGUUCUGGCGAGGCGGAUGCGCUCGAAAUCAUGGCGCACCCAUAUUUCGCAAACAUCAAUUUCGACGAUGUUCUCAAUCUGAGAGUGACUCCACCUUACAUCCCAGAAAUCCGUGACCCACGCAAACCGGAAUGCUUCGAUGAGGAAUUCACCUCGCAGGCAGCAAAGCUGACGCCUGUCAACAGUGUUUUGUCGCCUUCUAUGCAAGAGAUGUUUAGAGGCUUUACUUACGUCAACGAAGAAAAUGCCAUUUAA